CGAGCGCCCGCCGCGAGCGCGCUACACGCGCUGAUACGCGCAACGUCGCGCCCUUUACGUAACGCGCGACCACCGCGCGCACUCGCGCUCCUCACCGCCUUACCGAGGAUUACUGUUGGAGUGAUACGCUGUUAGUGUGCACGAUAUCGUCGAGCCCGGCUCGUGGACGUCGGAGCGGCCGGCCGCGGACCGCCGGAGCUGACGCAGCUCAGGGCUGACGCAGAUGUUGCGCGCGCGCAGAAGCUGGAGAGAGGAGCGCGCGCGGCCAGCGGGCGACGCGGCCACCAUCCCGCGCGCCCUCUAGACCUACACACACCCCUAGGCACUGCACUAUAUACGGUCGGUCAUGAAAAAUCUUGCCCAUUUGCUGGCUGUCCCUAUCAGCGAUCACGUGGUAACUUUCAUCUCUCUAGUAGCCGCGAUCACACUGCUCUCGCGGACGACAGAAGGGCGGUCCGCCCGUAGGUGGUCGGCGGGAGAACGCGGGCGUAGAGCGUGCUGCCGCGCGCGUUUCCCGCACCACACGCACCCGCCCAUUCACUGUUAGCAGUAGGCAGUUCACUCGGGGGGAGUUCGAUAGACAAUGUCCGAGGACUUGGACUCGAUCAGCGAGGAAGAACGAAGCUUGUUCCGACCCUUCACAAGAGAGUCACUGGCCGCUAUCGAAGCCCGCAUAGCUGAGGAGCAUGCCAAGCAAAAGGAACUCGAGAAAAAACGAGCGGAAGGCGAGAACGAUUUGGGGCGGACGAAAAAGAAAAAAGAAGUGCGUUAUGAUGACGAGGACGAGGACGAAGGUCCUCAGCCGGACGCGACCCUGGAGCAGGGCCUGCCGCUGCCGGUGCGAAUGCAGGGCACCUUCCCGGCGGAAGUGUCCUCUAUACCCCUCGAGGACAUCGACCCCUUCUAUCAUAACCAAAGAACCUUCGUAGUCAUAAGCAAGGGUAAAGAUAUCUUCAGAUUUUCGGCCACCAACGCCUUAUGGAUACUAGACCCAUUCAAUCCUAUAAGAAGAGUGGCGAUAUACAUUCUAGUACAUCCUUUGUUCUCGUUGUUUAUCAUUACCACAAUUCUAGUCAACUGUAUUCUUAUGAUAAUGCCUACGACGCCAACCGUCGAAAGUACUGAAGUUAUCUUUACCGGGAUCUACACGUUUGAAUCAGCGGUGAAAGUAAUGGCCAGGGGUUUCAUACUACAGCCAUUCACAUACCUUAGAGAUGCAUGGAAUUGGCUUGACUUCGUAGUUAUAGCUUUAGCUUAUGUGACGAUGGGCAUAGAUCUCGGCAACUUGGCCGCUCUCAGAACGUUCAGGGUACUCCGAGCGCUCAAAACUGUGGCCAUCAUACCGGGUUUGAAAACGAUCGUCGGCGCCGUCAUCGAGUCAGUGAAGAAUCUGAGAGAUGUGAUAAUCUUGACGAUGUUCUCACUGUCCGUGUUUGCGCUGAUGGGCCUACAGAUCUACAUGGGAGUGUUAACGCAGAAGUGUAUCAAGGUGUUCCCGGAAGACGGCUCCUGGGGUAACCUCACCGAUGAGAACUGGGAGAGGUUUUGCCAGAAUGAGACCAACUGGUAUGGGGAUGGAGGGGAAUAUCCACUUUGUGGAAAUUCAUCAGGAGCAGGUCAAUGUGAACCCGGAUACGUCUGUCUGCAAGGCUAUGGACCGAACCCUAACUACGGAUACACGAGUUUCGAUACGUUUGGUUGGGCUUUCUUGUCAGCUUUCCGCCUCAUGACACAGGAUUAUUGGGAGAAUCUCUAUCAAUUGGUGCUGAGGUCAGCGGGGUCAUGGCACGUGCUGUUCUUCGUAGUGAUCAUCUUCUUGGGCUCGUUCUAUCUCGUGAACUUGAUCUUAGCCAUCGUCGCCAUGUCGUACGACGAGUUGCAGAAGAAAGCAGAAGAAGAGGAGCAAGCUGAGGAGGAGGCUCUCAGGGAAGCGGAACAGAAGGCAGCGGCGCGCGCGGACAAACAGGAGGCACGAGAGGCGCACGCGCGCGAGGCGGCGGCGGCAGCACAGGCGGCCGCCUACGCCGAGGCACACCCCGCCAAGUCCCCCAGCGACUUCUCCUGUCAGAGCUACGAGCUGUUCGUCAACCAGGAGCGCGGCAACCAGGACGACAAUACGCGCGAGCGCAUGUCCCUCCGUAGCGACCCCUUCCAGGACUCGGUGAGCACUCAGCCCGCGCACAAGCCCGACCCGCACCACGACUCCGCACGCCGCCCCAGGAAGGUCAGCAUGGCCUCGUUAUCACUGCCUGGAUCGCCGUUCAAUUUGCGGCGAGGUUCGCGGGGCUCGCACCAGAUGGCGCUGCGGCCGAACGGGCGGGCUCGCUACCCGCCCGGCGCGGACCGCAAGCCGCUCGUGCUGUCCACCUACCUGGAUGCGCAAGAGCAUCUGCCUUACGCUGACGACUCCAACGCCGUCACCCCCAUGUCUGAAGAGAACGGUGCUAUCAUUAUUCCAGUUUACUACGCUAAUUUAGGUUCUCGUCACUCGUCGUACACGUCGCAUCAGUCGCGGCUGUCGUACACGUCGCACGGUGACCUGCUGGGCGGCGGCAAGGCGCAGACCAAGGAGGCGCGCCUACGCAACCGGUCCGCCUCCCGGAACCAUAGUGUGACGUCACAGCCGCACGGGUACCCGCUGCCCGGGCAGGAUUUCUCGCUAGCCACCCGCCCACUUAGAGAAUAUGAAAUGAGUACGACUGAAUGCACAGACGAAGCUGGAAAAGUGUUAAAACCGUCGACUGACAACCCGUUCAUAGAAUCUUCGCAACAACCAAACGUAGUGGACAUGAGAGAUGUUAUGGUACUGAAUGAAAUCAUCGAGCAAGCGGGCCGCCAGAGUCGAGCGAGUGAUCAGAACGUGUCAGUGUACUACUUCCCAACAGCGGAAGACGAUGAGGAUGGGCCCACGUUCAAGGAGAAACUCCUCGAGUGCCUGAUGAAGGCGAUAGACUUCUUCUGUGUGUGGGACUGCUGUUGGUUGUGGCUGGAGUUUCAGAAAUACGUGGCGCUACUUGUGUUCGAUCCCUUCGUGGAGUUGUUCAUCACCCUGUGUAUCGUAGUGAACACGCUGUUCAUGGCGCUCGACCACCACGACAUGGACAAAGAUAUGGAGAGAGCGCUCAAAAGUGGCAACUAUUUUUUCACUGCUACAUUCGGAAUAGAAGCCAUGUUGAAAUUAGUAGCUAUGAGCCCUAAGUUUUACUUCCAAGAGGGUUGGAAUAUAUUUGACUUUAUCAUUGUGGCCUUAUCACUGUUGGAGUUGGGAUUGGAAGGAGUUCAGGGUUUGUCAGUGUUGCGUUCCUUUCGUUUGCUACGUGUAUUUAAACUGGCCAAGUCUUGGCCGGCGCUAAACCUAAUUAUAUCCAUAAUGGGUAGGACGGUGGGAGCUUUAGGGAACUUGACCUUUGUACUUUGCAUCAUUAUAUUCAUAUUUGCGGUGAUGGGGAUGCAGUUGUUUGGCAAGAACUACACAGAUUACGUAGAUCGAUUCCCGGACGGGGACCUCCCGCGAUGGAACUUCACGGAUUUCAUGCACAGCUUCAUGAUUGUGUUCCGAGUGCUCUGCGGAGAAUGGAUAGAAAGUAUGUGGGACUGUAUGUUGGUCGGAGAUGUCUCUUGUAUACCCUUCUUCUUGGCUACCGUCGUCAUUGGCAAUCUUGUGGUACUUAACCUUUUCUUGGCCCUGUUACUGUCAAAUUUCGGCUCAUCGAGUUUGUCGACACCGACUGCCGAUCAGGAUACCAACAAAAUAGCAGAGGCCUUCAACAGAAUAUCAAGGUUUAUUGAUUGGGUGAAACGAAACGUAGCGGACGUUAUGAAACUACUGAAGAACAAACUGACCAAUCAGAUAGCGAUCCACGCACCCGGCUUAAAGGCGGCUUUGUGUGGCCGCUGUGUCUCCUCAGAGCGAGUCGACAACGAGCUGGAACUCGGCACAGACCUCGACGACGCCGUACUCUACAAAGACAAGAAACUCAAAGACCAAGUAGAAGUAGCUAUAGGUGACGGUAUGGAAUUCACUAUACCAGGCGACAAUAAAUACAAGAAAGGCAAAAUUUUGUUAAAUAAUAUUAACGCAAUAACAGAUAAUCAUAGAGACAACCGUUUAGAUUGUGAAUUAAAUCAUCACGGAUAUCCUAUACAGGAUGACGAUACAAUUAGUCAAAAAUCGUACGGCAGUCAUAAAAUCAGGUCGUUUAAAGAUGAAAGUCAUAAAGGUUCCGCAGACACGAUAGAUGGCGAAGAAAAGAAGGACGCUAGUAAAGAGGAAUUGGGAUUAGAAGAAGAACUGGUUGAGGAAGAGGAAGAUGGGAAGUUAGACGGAGGUCUGGGUAAAACAGACAUCAUAGUAGCCGCAGACGAAGAAGUUGUUGACGACAGUCCUGCUGACUGCUGUCCUGAGCCAUGUUACGCGAAGUUUCCAUUCCUUGUGGGUGAUGACGAAUCUCCCUUCUGGCAAGGCUGGGGCAUGCUCCGGUUGAAAACCUUCAAACUCAUUGAGAACACAUAUUUCGAAACGGCUGUGAUUACAAUGAUUUUGCUCAGUAGCUUGGCUUUGGCUUUAGAAGAUGUAAAUUUACCACAUCGGCCGAUUCUUCAAGAUAUCUUGUAUUAUAUGGAUCGGAUCUUCACCGUAAUUUUCUUCAUCGAGAUGUUGAUCAAAUGGCUUGCCCUUGGCUUCCAGAAAUACUUCACAAAUGCGUGGUGCUGGCUCGACUUCAUCAUUGUCAUGGUCUCGCUUAUAAACUUCGUAGCGGGGCUUUGUGGCGCCGGCGGCAUUCAGGCGUUCAAAACGAUGCGAACGCUGCGCGCACUGCGCCCUCUCAGGGCCAUGAGCCGCAUGCAGGGCAUGAGGGUGGUGGUAAACGCUCUCGUGCAAGCAAUCCCGUCCAUCUUCAACGUGUUGUUGGUGUGUCUUAUCUUCUGGCUGAUCUUCGCCAUCAUGGGAGUACAACUGUUCGCUGGCAAAUAUUUCAAGUGCGUCGAUCUAAACCACACGACGUUGAGCCACGAAAUCAUCCCGGACCGGAACGCGUGCAUCUUAGAGAACUACACCUGGGAGAACUCACCGAUGAACUUCGACCACGUCGGCAAGGCGUACCUCUGCCUGUUCCAAGUGGCCACCUUCAAGGGAUGGAUACAGAUCAUGAACGACGCUAUUGACUCGAGAGAAGUGGGCCGACAACCUAUACGAGAGACGAACAUCUACAUGUACCUGUACUUCGUGUUCUUCAUUAUAUUUGGCUCAUUCUUCACUCUCAACCUAUUCAUCGGUGUGAUCAUCGACAACUUUAACGAACAGAAGAAGAAAGCUGGUGGCAGUCUCGAGAUGUUCAUGACUGAGGACCAGAAGAAAUACUACAAUGCCAUGAAGAAAAUGGGUUCCAAAAAACCAUUAAAAGCUAUUCCGAGACCGAAGUGGCGGCCACAAGCGAUCGUGUUCGAGAUAGUGACGGACAAGAAGUUCGACAUGAUCAUCAUGUUGUUCAUCGGCCUCAACAUGUUGACGAUGACGCUCGAUCACUACCAGCAGUCGGAGACCUUCAGCACUGUCCUCGACUACCUCAACAUGAUAUUCAUCGUGAUAUUCAGUUCAGAGUGCCUAUUAAAAAUGUUCGCCUUACGCUACCAUUACUUUGUUGAGCCGUGGAACUUGUUCGAUUUCGUAGUAGUCAAUUUCUCAAUUCUUAGUUUGGUAUUGAGUGAUAUUAUAGAAAAAUAUUUUGUGUCGCCCACGUUACUGAGGGUAGUGAGAGUAGCGAAGGUCGGUCGUGUGUUGCGUCUCGUGAAGGGCGCGAAGGGUAUCCGGACGUUAUUGUUCGCACUCGCCAUGUCACUGCCAGCCUUGUUCAACAUCUGUCUGCUGCUGUUCCUUGUGAUGUUCAUCUUCGCCAUCUUCGGCAUGUCGUUCUUCAUGCACGUCAAAGACAAAGGUGGCCUCGACGACGUGUAUAACUUCAAGACUUUCGUGCAGAGUAUGAUCCUGCUAUUUCAGAUGUCGACGUCCGCCGGCUGGGACGGCGUGCUGGACGGCAUCAUCAACGAGGAGGAGUGCGACCUGCCGGACAACGAGCGCGGCUACCCCGGCAACUGCGGCUCAGCCACCAUCGGCAUCACCUACCUGCUGUCCUACCUCGUCAUCUCCUUCCUCAUCGUCAUCAACAUGUACAUCGCCGUCAUUCUCGAGAAUUACUCGCAGGCGACAGAAGACGUGCAGGAAGGUCUGACGGACGACGACUACGACAUGUACUACGAGAUCUGGCAGCGCUUCGACCCCGACGGCACGCAGUACAUCCGCUACGACCAGCUGUCCGACUUCCUCGACGUGCUGGAGCCGCCGCUGCAGAUCCACAAGCCCAACAAGUACAAGAUCAUCUCCAUGGACAUCCCCAUAUGUCGCGGCGACAUGAUGUUCUGCGUGGACAUCCUCGACGCGCUCACCAAAGACUUCUUCGCCCGGAAAGGCAACCCCAUCGAGGACCCCGGCGACCUGGAGGUGGGCCGGCCCGACGAGGUGGGCUACGAGCCUGUGUCGUCCACGCUGUGGCGUCAGCGCGAGGAGUACUGCGCGCGCCUCAUCCAGCACGCGUGGCGCCGCCACCGGCGAGCACACGAGUCCCCGCGCGGGCCGGGCGGCGCGCCCACCGCCGUGCUGCUGGACGCCGUGACGCCCAACGGGCACCGCGUGGUGCUGGGCGGCGCCGCCGGCUGGCGUGCCGAGCCCGGCCCGCCGCCCGCGCCCGUCUGACCCGCGCUGGCGCUGGCGCUGCUGCCCGCGCUGGCCGCCGACGCGCCGCUGCCGCUGCCCGCACCGCUGCCCGAGCUGUUGAGCCCACCCAAGCGCACUUAAUUAUUGUUUACGCUAGACGUGUCGCGUGUACAUAUAGCGUGGUAGCGCGAGUAGCGUGCGAGCGGCGGAGUGCGGCGGCGGGCGAGCAAGCCCGCGCGCGAGUGGCGCCCGCGCCGCGCCCCUGGACGUUGUUCUCGAACGUUCGACAGACGUUCGACGUGUUUACUGGAGUGUUUUGUAUUCGCGUGGCCGAAGCUUAGUGACCGUUUGUUUUGCGACCGAUGAUCGUGCGCGUUCACCGCGUUCAGUCGUUCCGAUUGGUAUCCGUUCGUUUGCGUUCGCGUGCGGACCGGUUCCCGGUGAGUGAAGGCGCCGAUCGGAGAGGAUCGUUCUCGCGAGCGUGCCCUUUUUUAUUCGUCACUAGUGAUGUAAUGUAAGGUAUUGGAUAAAAUUGAGGAAACUCUAAAAGCUUAUUUUUGUAUUCGAUGAAUAUCACUGUCUAUCUGUAAAAUUCUAAAACAGAGCUGUACUUAUAACUAUUAUGAAGUUCGAUUAUUUGUUACCGAUUGUGAGAUAUCAUUUUACUUCCCCGAAAUGGUGUCGAGCAAUAGCACAACAAGAUGUCCCCGGCCCCGGCGUGUAGUGUGUUGUGUGUGUGUGUGCGUGCGGUGCGAGUGUAGUGGUGCGGAGUGCGGCAGUCACGCUUGUUACGUUCGCUUGUCACGCUGGCGUGAUCCCGCGUCACGUCGCCGCACGCCUCCCUUCAUUACAUGACGUCAACCAUCGCCUGCGCUGUACGGCGCUAGUAUUAUCGUAUCUUAAUAGACGCUUAAGAGAAGCAAUGGCUACGCCGAUUCAUAUCAAUUUUGUCCGUAUAGUUUUAAUAGUUCCAAUUUGUAAGCUUCUCACUGUACCGAAACGACGCGAGGUCGCGUCUAUCUAUGCGGGGACGGCUGCAGCCGGUCCUCGGAAUUAAGAGAGUUUAGAGAAAUUUUUGCAACGUUAUCUAUAUAAGCUUAACAAAUCAGCUGUGAAAUCGGUACCAGAAUUCACUUCCGUCCUAAUUCAGUACGCAUCAUAGGAAUCGAGCCAUUUUAUGUAACGCGCACUUUCCACAUACCUAGUUAAUGUAAUUGCCUUCCCCUGGUUACAUUAGCUGCGGGAGACGGCGGCCUUCCCCAGCCGCCACUCCCUAGCGCCGGCCCCGGCCCGGACUCGCCCUGGCCCGGGUCGGGCUGGGCCGAGCUCGGGCCUGGGCCCGCCUUCGCCGGCGGGCUGCGCGCCGACGCUCGCGACACUGGCACUAACUGCAACACGUGACAAGCUACUGCCUACUGGUUCUGCUACAUCACCCAACAAUGUAUAGAAUCGGCGUGAGUUGAUGCCUUACAUUGUUAGCUUCGGUAGUGCGGCGUGGCAGGGUGCCGGGGUGGCGGGCGCCGCCGGACGCUCGCCGCGUAGACCUACUUGUAUCUGAUAUAGCGAGCGGGCUGGUACUGCUUCGACGAGUGUAGCUCUUGCAGAUCACAUUUUGACGAUGUUGAUGAUGUUCAAUGUUCAUUCACGAUGUACAACCGAUUCGGCUACUUGAAAGGCAUCACUAUAAUUAGCAAUAAGAUAAUAUUGAUAUACCUAAGAGAUCGAACGUCCCUUACCGAGUAAGGUAGAUAUUAUUGAAGUAUUGUUUAUUUUUCGAUUGACAUCUCUCUAGAUAGACGGAGGUCCGCGGUCGAGGCCGCGGCCCCGGACGUUGCCGUUACCUCACGACGGUUCACUUCUGUGACAGUAUUGUCUUUUCCAGCACAACAGACUAAUGAAUCAUUCAAUUUUUGUAAUUUAACUUUGGAAGUGGUCAAUUUUCUACUACUCUGUAAAUAUUGAGAGCUUAUUGCCGGGUAGAUCCCAAACCGCACGUCGCAACACGUAAUUUAUUAUAUUAUGUCUACUAUCUAUUGAUAUCAACGAUACGUAAUAAGCUUGAAGCAAUAACGUUAACGUGUGCUCGACGAGAGGUUUCGCUUUUCAUUACCUUGUACGGAACAUGUCACCGAAUACUUGUGUGCCGGUUGUUUUACAUUCAUUUACAUAUAAUGUGGAAAAUAUCUCAAGUGCAAGACAAUUUUAAGUGUUGAAAGAUUUAAAGAGUCAGUGUAUCGUAAACUAAAUGAGACGCUUACAGUUUUGCACAUAUUUUGCAAUAAUUAUGGUUACAAGAUAAUGAUUAUGUAGAUAAUUUUAUAAUGAAUGCGCCGGCGCCCGCCCGCGAGGUUCCCCGUCGCGCGCGCGCGCCGCCCGCGUCGCGUUACGUUCACGAGGUAACCAGAGCCGUGUGGAGCCGCUCAACCUCUGUCCUUUAAUAUAUGAUAUUAUAUUGCGCUUUGGAAGACUGAUCGGAUAAGAUGAUCUUGAACAUUUAUUUCUAUGUCCUUGUUGACGUGUUUGUAAAAAUCGAAAAUCAAAAUCUGUAACUUAAAAUCACGUAAGUAUUUUAAGUUUAGAAAUAUGAUUUAACUCGACAAUACUGAUAUUCUCACCUAGUUAGUGCCGUGUAAACACUUACGUAUAUACACCAAUUGUUGAUUGUUAGCUUUUAAGGUAAACUUACCGCUUGUCACGAAAUUAGUGAAUGUGAAUAUAAGCCUAUAGUUAGCCAGUAAACUUUAUAAACAAGCUAGAUCAUUAUUUGCUCUUUUUAACAAAACAUACAAUCAAGAAAACGAAUAUUAUGUUAAACUGAAUCAACACAAAUUCAUCAUCAAGAAAUUCGAAACUAGAUUUCAAAACCAUAUUUCCCACUUCAAGUGUAUAUUAUAAUAAAAAUAAUAGAAUUUAAUCCAACGGAAAUUUAAAACUGAACAUACAAUUUGUCUGUAGUGGUCAAUUCUGAUUUCUUUCCAUUUUAUUUAGUUUAAGUAAUUUUGCUAUCACAAAGAUGCAUUUAUUAAAAAAAGUAAGCAUUCAUGUGAUGAGAUCUACAACUUAAGAGUAUAUUUCUUAUUUAAAGCUCCUUCUAGCGUUAGGUAUUGAGAUUGACAAGUUCCACACGGCUCUACACGACAUGGUCUGCCAAUAUGUCGUCACUUUAUGUUGGUGAAACCAAAGAUUAUAACUACUAUUAGGCAUAUUUGCACAAAGAAGUUGUGUUUAAUUAAGUUUAGACAAUAAGUUAUAAUAUCAUUGUAUUGUUUAUUUUAACUAUACUUAUGACAAAAAAGUGAGUUCAGUUUGCUGAAUGAUAGAGGUUUAAUUGAGUAUUUAUUAUAUAUAUUGUUGAAGUUUGUACAAAAUAAAUUAAGUAAACGAUAAAAUAUAGAACUUGACUGCUUUA